AUGCCUUCUCUCCGGCACCCGUUUCAGUGUCUGCGAUAUGUCGCAAGAGAAUCGGCAGGCCAGUCUGAUUUGCUAAUUGCUACUGCUGGUGCAAAGGUCUAUUCAUACUCUGCUUCUACUGGCGACUGCCUAGAUGUCUUUCCGAGUGCGGAUGAAUCGAUCGUGUCGGACGAUCUCAACAGUCCCCCGGGCAAGAGACGCAAGUUAUCUUCGCCCUCCGAGCAGAAGGAUGAGCAAUCCGAGUCCGCAGGCAAGCAGUCAAAGGAAGAUGUCAAGCUCACUUGGUCGAGUAUUCCCCUCCUCAUUGUGGCCCAAGGCAAAUAUGUAAUUUUCCUUACCGCCGAGGACAAAUGUAUUCGAGUCUACAGCCUAAAAGACAAUGGGCAGUUCGUAAAGGAGAGUGUCCGAACAAUGCCAAAGCGGCCAAGUGUGUUGGCUCUGACACCUAAUGAGAAUGACAUCCUGUGCGCCGACAAGUUCGGCGAUGUGUACAUUAUCCCGGUGAUUCCCAGCGCAGAGUACAAGAGAGUCGUGGCCGAAGAGAAGGAAUAUGCUCCAUCUGCCACGAAUCUCACUGUGCACACGAAGCGCAACCUGGAAUCCUUGGAACAGCAGAUGAGACAGGCUGCAUUGAAGAAGAAGGCUUCAGCAGAGGCUACCGCACUCAACUUCGAGCAUCAGGCCAUUAUUGGUCAUGUUUCGAUGCUGACAGACAUGGUCUCUGUGACCCGGCCUGCAGAUUCAACCAUCAGUCACCCACGGAAUUACAUCCUCACUGCGGAUCGUGAUGAGCAUAUCCGUGUAUCCCGUGGUCACCCCCAAGCUCAUGUCAUUGAGCAAUACUGCUUUGGUCACACUUCUUUCAUUAGCAAGCUUUGCAUUCCUUCCUGGGCACCAAAUGUUCUCAUCUCAGGUGGUGGCGACAAGCAUUUGCUUGUGUGGAAUUGGGUUGAGGGGCAGGUCUUGCAGAAGGUCCCUCUGUCUGAGUCAGAAACAGAUAUCACGGUUUCUGGAAUCUGGGCUGUCUCCGAUAAUGCCGAUGGCCUGAAGAGUAUCUUUGUUGCUUUUGAAGGAUCUUCGCAACUUCUUUGCUACGCUCUCGAAAACGAUAACACGCUAAAGCAACAAGAGACCCUACAACUUUCAGGCAACGUCAUUGACCUGGUUUCGAUCGGUUCCAAGGACACCAUUGCUGUCUCCGUGGACAACCUGCGGGAACCUAACUCGACCAGUGUUUGGCGAUCAUCUCCCCAGGCUCUUCUGGAAACCUUUCGGGUUGAGGCUGGAAAAUGGGUCCCUGCCGAGGACUCUAUUGUUUCCAGUAUCAACACUGAUAGCAGCACACUUGUUCACACGGAACUGGACGAGAAGACCACCAAAUCGCUCAACGAGCAAUUGUAUGGUUUGUCCGUUCUCCGGAAGAAUGGGUGGAAUUAA